AUGUAAUUUUUUCUGAUUAAAUAAUCGAGAUAUUUUAAGACAUUUCCAAAAACAAACUGUUUUUAUUUUUGUAUUUCAUUUUUGACUAAGAUUGAUUUUUAUAUUGAUCAUAAAAAAUGUUUAGAUAUUAAUUACUCUUAUGUUGAGAAUGAAAAAACAAACUAGUAAAUUUAUAAAAAUUCCUUUAAAAAUAUUAUUAGUUGGAAAUAAGAGAAGGCUUAAAUAACUUAAGAAGAAUCAAAAAGAGAAGAAAAUUUUAGGAAGGACGUGAUUAAUGAUGAAAAUAAUUACGAGGACUUAGAAGAAUAGAAAUUAUAAAUCAUGAUUUAAAUAAUUAUUUAGGACAUUGAUAUUGUAUUUUUAAAUUUUAUAUAUUUUAUUAUGUCAAAAGAAAUCAAAGCAACUGAAAAUCUUAAACAACAAUAAACUGAUGCAGAAUACAAAGAAAAUUAAAAUAAAGACAGAGAUUCCUUUAGUGAAGAUGAGGUAUAUAAUCAAAAUUAUGAAAUUUAUAUAGAAAUAUGGUGAAUAUGUUCAAAAGCGGAAUCGUGAAAUAUUAUAAAAAGUUAAGGAACUGUUAAAUGAUGGGCAAUCAACUGCAAAUUGUUAAGAAGAGUAGAGUUUUAUUAUGGGAAAUGAUAUUAUCAAGUAAGAAUUUUUAGAAGACCUUGAUGAAGAGUUUGGGUAAGUUUAUUAAGAAAGCAAAGUCAAAACAAAUGUAUAUGUGAAAUUAAUUCCAAAAAAUGAUUUGCAACUUGCCUAUGUCUAUAAAGAUAAGUAAUUAUGUAUAUAUAAUUAUUAGGUACCCAUUCUUAGAAGUUCGUAAGCAAAUUUUAAUAAAUAUAAAACAUGUUUCUUUUUAUGCUUAAAAGAUAACUACACAUCAUAUUUUUGAAUUCAUUACUCUCAUAAUGAUUAUCUUUAAUUCAAUAAUGUUAGCCAUAGAUGACCCUACAACUGAUGUUUAAACACCAUUUUAAAACUUAACAGAUAUCAUUUUCUUAGUCUAUUAUACUGCUGAGGCUAUUCUCAAAAUAAUUGCAUAAGUAAAAAUAUAUAUUUAUUAUCAAGGGAUUCAUAUUUCCAAAAAAGUCAUACUUAAGAGAUACUUGGAACUUUUUAGAUUUUUCUGUUAUUGUAACUGCUUACAUUCCAUACUUUUUAGAUUCAAAUUCUGUUAAUCUAAAUGCACUUAGAUCUUUUAGAGUAUUAAGACCUUUACGAACAGUAUCAUCAAUCAAAGCACUUAGAACUAUUUUAUUGGCUUUGUUUGCAUCAAUUGCUUAAUUGAGAGAUGCUGCUGUUGUAUUGAUGUUUUUUUAUUCAAUUUUUGCAAUUGCAGGUGUAUAAUUAUUUUCAGGUUAUCUAAAAAAAAGAUGUAUUGGAGAAGAAAAUGGAAUAACAUGGAUUUCAGAUGAAAUUCUGUUUUGUUCAGGUGACAAUAAUUGUCCAUCUUCUUAAUAAACAGUUUUAAAUGAAAAUUUCAUUUGUGGUAAACAAAUUGAAAAUCCAUAAAAUAAUUUGAUUAAUUUUGAUACAUUUGGUUAUGCUUUUUUAUAAGUCUUUAUUAUUACAACUUUAGAAGGAUGGACUGAUAUUUAAACAGCUGUUAUGUUAACAUUCUCAGAACUUGUUGUAUUUUAUUUUAUUAUUGUUGUCCUAGUAGGAGCUUUCUUUUUAGUUAAUUUGACCUUAGCAAUUAUUAAAUUAAAUUUUAAACCUGAAAAAAUAUAGGAAGAAUUAGAAUAAAUUAUAGAAGAAAUUGAGGAAUAUGAUUACAAAUAAUUAAGAAAAUUAAAUUUAUAUGUUCCUGAAAGAGAAAAAGUAGAUACAACUGGUUUUGGAAUUACUUGGGAUAGGUAAAACUAGAUAGAUUAAAAUGCUAUUAUGAAUAAUAGAAAAUUUUCUUAAAGAGGAGUUUCUUAAAUUAAUAUGAUAAAGUAUACAUAAAAAAAAAGAUGGAAGUAUAAAAAUAAGAUGAAUUUUGAACCAAUAAAAUCAGCAAUAUAUUAUAGUCAACCUGUGAAAUUAAAUAAAAAAUUAGUUAAGAUUGAAGGUAUUUAUGGAAUGGGUAAUUAAAAUAAAUUGAAUUAAUAAUAAUAAUAGGUAACAUAAAAUUAAUAAAAUACAAAUGCAAGAAGAUCUAGUGGAGUUAGAAGAAAUAGUUAAUCAAGCAAUAAUGAUGAUAAAACCUCCUCAAAAUAGAUGUUUGAUAAUGAGAGUGGAAGUUUUAAUAAGUAACCUAAAAAGAGUACACAAUUAUGUGAUUAAUAAUUGAAUUCUGAAUUUAUGAAUUCUCCAAUGAUAGAUUUAUAAUCUGAGAAUAUUAGACCAUUAAAUGGUGGAACUAUGUUAGUUCAUCAUAGAGCCUCAAUAGAUAGUGGUAAAAGUGGUGAAUCACAUUUUGACAGAUCUCCAGUUAAUAAUAAAUUAGAAAUUCCUAAAAUUGGCGAAAGUAAAAUUAUAAAUUAACCUUAGUUAAAUAAUAAUCCUAGAAAGUUAAAACAAAUCAAAUGUUUCCUUUAGCUGCAGGGAUGAAAUUUCAUAAACAAAUACGCAACUCUCCAAAACCUGAUUCAUAAAAAUCUCUUGAUGAUAAUGAAUUUGAUAGUGUUAAUUUAAGUGAAUUAAAUAGUCUAUCCGAUGAAGAAUUAGAAUAAAGAUUAGAAGAAAUGGAUAUAGAAAUUGAAGAAAAGAUUACAAAUAUUAAUAGUGUAAAUUUAAAAUAGAUGUAAAAAGAGUUGAAUAGAUAAAAAAAAAUGGAAAAUAAAAGACUUAAAGAUCUUCAUAAAAAUGCUUAGUAAAAUUUAGAUGAAGCUUCAUUGAAAUUAAAAUCUAAGUUAUUUAAUACUAAUUUUUAUCCCAUAAUAUUUGUAGAUGCUGAAUUCAAUAGUAUUAAUGAUAUACUAAUUUCAUAAAUGCUUUAUAAAUUAGAACAAAAAAAAUUAGAAUAAGAACAAAAAAUAAAGGAAUAAGAUAUCAAAAUUACUUAUUGUUUUAAGAAUUCAAGAUAAUUAUUAAAUUUUAAAAAAUCUAGUAAUGUUAAAACAAAAAGCAUAACAAAAUCAGGUUAUUUGAAAUCUGGAACUAAAUUUAGAAAAACAAAUAUAAGUUUAAGAAGAGUAUAACCAAUUUUUGAUGAAUAACAUCCUUUGGAAGAUUUACAAAUGCCUUAAGAAAAGAUUGGAGAUGUUAAAGAAGAAUAAAAUUAAGAAAAUUAAAAUGAAAAUUCGGAAUCAGAAGAAGAAAAUGAAAUUCGUAAUGAUGAAGAUUAAAAUAAUUUUAUAGGAAGUGGAAAUUAGACAUUAAACUAAAAAAGAAAGAAAAGAAAAGUAGAAAAAAGUGAAUAAUUAAAUUAUGAAAAAUUGGGAGAAAAAUUUUAGGAAAGUUCAGAUUGUAUAGUUGAUCUUAAUAGAAUAUAUUAAGUGGAAAUAAAUAAAUAAUUAAAUUAAGAAGAGUUAGAAUUGCUUUCUCCUUUAGAAAAAGAUCUAUAAAAAGGAGUUUUCUAUUACGAAUAUUAUGAAAUAAAAUAAAAGGAUAUUCAUGAAAGUAAUGGAAUAAUAACUGCUUAAGCUUCAAUUGAGGAUGUACUUUAAAUAGCAGAUUAUACAUUUUAUGAUUAAACAUUUGCAAAACAAAUGAAUUCUGUUAUGAAAGCUUUAAAUUAUUCUACAAGAGAAACUUAUAUAUAUUUAAAAGGAAUAAUAGGUUUUUUAUUAGUAACUUAAAAUCACUUACUAUAUUUGGUUUAAUCAGGUUAUUUUGAAGGUUUAAUGAAUUUGGCUGUUGCAUUAAAUACAAUAAUUUUAGCAUUAGAUGGUUUAUUACCAGAGAGUAGUUCUGAAAUAACAAAUUAAUUUAAUUUUGGAUUUACAAUAUUAUUUACAAUAGAAUUAGGAUUAAAAUUAAUAGGAAUGGGUUUAAAAAAAUAUUUUUUAGAUUCAAUGAAUAUAUUUGAUGCUGCAAUAGUAGCUCUUAGUUUAGUAGAAUUAUUCUUUUUGGGAGGAGGAUCGAAUGGAAAAUCAUCAUUAUCAGCAUUUAGAUCAGUAAGAAUAUUUAGAGCUUUUAGAGUAUUAAGAGUUACUAAAUUAAUGAGAAGUUUAUAAUUUAUGGGAUUUCUAAUAAAAGUAUUAAGUAAUGCUUUUUAAUCUUUCAUGUAUAUAAUGAUUUUAUUGUUGUUAUUUAUAUUCAUUUUUACACUUUUGGGUAUGGCAUUUUUUGGUGGAUAAUUAUCUAAGACACCAAGUAGAUAAAGUUAUGAUGAUAUUUAAAGCGCAUUUUUGGUUGUAUUUUAAGUGUUAACUUUAGAAAAUUGGAAUAGUAUUUUAUGGGAUUUGUUAAUUUAAGAUGUUUCUGCAUUUAUAACAAUACCUUAUUUAGUAUUAUGGAUAAUGAUUGGAAAUUAUGUUUUUUUGAAUUUAUUUUUAGCAAUAUUAUUAGAAAACUUUGAGGAAGAGUAUAAAAAUGAUAAGGCUGGUUUAGAUACAAACAUAGAGAUAGGAAAGGAUUCAGUUAUGGAUAAUACUACUACUUAUGCUGCAAAUUCAACAAUUGCAUAGAAAUCAACAAUAAGGACAAAGAAGAUGACAAUUGCAUAAUAAUUAGAAAAUAUUGAUGAUCAUCAUGAUAUUCAAAAACAUAAAUAAGGGAAAUAAACAUUUUAAUAUUUUAUAGAACCUGGAAUAUGUUAAUAUUCAUUAUAUUUAUUAAGUCAAUAAAAUAUUGUAAGAAGAAUAUGUUAUAGAAUAGUAAAGGAUAGUAAAUUUGAAACAUUAAUUUUUUGUAUGAUAUUUUUGACAUCAACUAAAUUAGUAUUUGAUACUUACAUAACAGAUGAUGAAGAAUAAUUAAAAGAUAUAUCUUUGGAUAUAGACAUAAUGUUUGCUGUAUUUUUUGGAAUUGAAAUGUGUAUGAAAAUAAUAGCAUUUGGAUUUAUAUAAUAAGAUAAUUCUUAUUUAAGAGAAUCUUGGAAUGUCUUAGAUUUCUUUAUUGUAAUAGCUUCAUUUGUAGAUGUGAGUGUUACAUCAAUAAAUUUAAGUUUUGUAAAGAUAUUAAGAUUAUUAAGAACAUUACGUCCACUUAGAUUCAUAACUCAUAAUAGAUCAAUGAAGAUAUUGGUAUCAGCAUUAUUAUAAUCUAUAAAUGGUAUUUUUAAUGUGGCAAUUGUUGUGAUUUUAGUAUGGAUGAUGUUUGCAAUUCUAGGUAUAAAUUUAUAGAAAAACAAAAUGAGUUAUUGUAAUUUUGGAGAUGAUGAAACUCAUUAUGAUUAUGAAAUUGAAGAUUGUAAAUAAAAUGGUGGUGUUUGGGAGAAUAGAAAAACUAAUUUUGAUAAUAUUUUAAAUGGUAUGUUGACAUUAUUUAUUUUAUCAACAUUAGAAGGAUGGCCAGAUAUGAUGUAUUGGUUUAUAGAUGCAGAUGAAACAGGACCAAUAAAGGGAUCUUAAUUAUAAUUUUCUUGGUAUUUCAUAGUAUUCAUAUUAUUUGGUUCAAUCUUAUUAAUGAAUCUCUUUAUUGGUGUUAUAUUAGUCAACUAUCAUUUAGCUGAAGAAGCUUCAAGAGAUUAAAUCUUGACUUAAUCUUAAGUAGAUUGGAUAGAACUAUAAAAAUUGAUUGUUCAUUCUAAUCCAAACCUUGCAAUGUUCUUUAGUCCUGAGAAUCUAUUUAGGGCAAAGAUCUUUACAAUUAUUAAACACAAGUAUUUCGAUCCUGUAAUUUUGAUGAUCAUUUUAAUUAAUAUUAUUAUUAUGGGUUUAUCUUAAGAUGAUGCACCAAUUAUUUAUGAUAAUGUAUUGACAUAAUUUAAUACUGCUUUUACCUUUAUAUUUAUAAUAGAAGCUAUCCUUAAAAUUAUUGCUUUAGGACCUGUAGGAUAUAUGAGAAAUACAUGGAAUCAAUUUGAUUUCUUUGUUGUAUGUACAUCUAUUUUAGAUCUCAUUUUAUCCUUUACUGGAAAUUCAUUUAUUUCAUUUCUAAGUGCAGGACCAUAAUUAGCAAGAGUUUUUAGAGUACUUCGUGUCACAAGAUUAUUUAGAUUAAUCAAAUCUUUUGAAGGUUUAUAAAAAUUGAUAGAAACAGCUAUCUAUUCAUUACCUGCUAUGUUAAAUGUGACUGCUUUAUUGUUUUUAGUAUUUUUUAUAUUCUCCAUCUUGGGAGUCUUUUUAUUUGGUAAUAUUAAAACUGGAUGGCUUAUAAAUGAUAAUAAUAAUUUCUAAGAUUUUCAUCAUUCAAUCGAAUUAUUAUUUAGAUGUGCCACUGGAGAAGAUUGGUAUAAAGUUAUGUUUGAUACUAUGCAAGAUGGAUAAGGAUAUUAUUGUAUUUUUUUUAUCAUUUUCAUUGUCAUCUAACAAUAUAUCAUGCUCAACCUAUUUAUUCUUAUUAUUCUAGAUCAAUAUGAGAUCAAUUAUUUCAAUAGUGAUAACCCAUUAAAUAAAUUCUAAGAAUAUGAAAAUAUGUUCAUUGAGUCUUGGUCUAAAUUUGCCAAAGAAGACAAAGGCAUGAAAAUGCAUUAAUAGUUACUUGUACCUUUAUUGUUGGAAAUGGAAAAACCUAUUGGUUAUGAUUUAAAAUAGAAAUUGUAAAAUGAAAUAACUGAAUGGAAACGAAUCAAUCCAUAAAAUGAUAAUAAAGAAAAUAUUUAACGAUAUACUUUAAAUUUAAAAGCUCAAGCCAAACGUGAUGUCUCUACAUAAAUUAUGAAAAUGAAUAUUUAUUCUGAUAAUAAUGGGCAUGUCAAAUAUCACUAAAUAUUAUUUUGUGUUAUGAAAUCCUACAUGUGGAAAAAGGUUCAAGUUAAUCUAAGUUAAGAAGGAGCAGAGAAAAUCUUAUAAAAAGAAGAAGAAACUUUGAAGAGAUUGAAAAAAAAAUAAAUUGUACAAUCAAAAGAAGUCUCUCUUGUUAAUCCUAUUGUUUAGUAUUUAUUUGUAAACAUGGCUUUUAAAACACUUAAAAGAUAUGGAGAAAAGAAGAAAUAAUAAAAAGAAACAGAUAUUUUAUUAGAAUAAGAAUAUUUUAGUGAUGGAUUCAGUUCUGAUUCAUCAUUUGAUAACAAGAUUGAAAUCUUAUCUAGGAGUUCUAAAGACACAGAUCAUCCCAGAAGACCAUAUUAUGGAAGACCUAAAUUCAAAUCAGUGCCGAAUACUGAAAUUUAUAAAGAUGAUAUUUUUCUACAUUAAGUUAAACCUAUUGAAAAUGAUUCUAAUAGAGUUUCACAAGAUGAAGAUGAAGAUGAAGAUGGUAAAAUAUUAUUAUUAAUUUUAAGUUAUGUAAAAAUAUACAAAAGACUUUCAAGAACAUUUAAUUGAUAAAUUUGAGAGCAAUAGAAACAUUCAAAAUGAUAGAUCUGAUGAAUCAGCUAAUAAAUAUAGUCAAUAAAAAAAAAGUAUUUAAUAAUCCAAAAAACUCUCCUUAAAACCAAAUGACUAUGUUUAAGGUUUUAGUAAAAAAUCAAUAAAAUCUAUAUCUUAAACUAAUAACUAAACUGAUAUUUAUGAUAAUUAAAUGUAAUGA